ACCGGUGGAAUCUGCACUGAGUAAGGAGAGCGAACCCUCUGGUCCUCCAGCCGCUCAGCAUGUGAAUCGACGCUCUGUGUGAAGUCAACUCGGAAUCUAUGGAAAUCGGAUUGGGGAGUGAGAGCGGACUGCUUGGAGUCACUUACAAAGACCAUGAAGAAGUCAUGACACAGCGAACGUUUCACUUCAAUUUGUUUUCGUGAAAAAAGACGACGGACGAUCACGGUGACUCCUGCUUGAUGAACCGGGGGUAAAAAAAACCCAAAGUUGAGACAGUUCGCGUGGGUUUUUUUGUGUGUUUUUCGACCGUUUUCAACUCGCCCUACUUGGAUCAAAGUUUUUCUUUCCCUCCCCCCCCCUUCCUCCUCCUCCUCCUCCUCCUCCUCAACUAUGGCGUCGGCCAGGUCCACCGCUGGCUCUGUGUUACUGCGGAUCAUGUGGCUGGUGUGCGGGCUGUUGCCCUCCACCACUUCUGCUCAGCAUUACAACAGCGAGAGUGGGAUAUCGGUUCCGGAACACGGGUUCUGCCAGCCCAUCUCCAUUCCGCUUUGCACCGACAUCGCCUACAACCAGACCAUCAUGCCGAACCUACUGGGCCACACAAACCAGGAGGACGCCGGACUAGAGGUGCACCAGUUCUACCCCCUGGUGAAGGUCCAGUGUUCUGCCGACCUGAAGUUCUUCCUGUGCUCCAUGUAUGCCCCGGUGUGCACGGUGCUGGAGCAGGCCAUACCCCCCUGCCGGUCUCUAUGUGAGCGGGCACGGCAGGGAUGUGAAGCCCUGAUGAAUAAAUUCGGCUUCCAGUGGCCGGAGCGUCUCCGCUGUGAGGCUUUCCCUGUCCACGGGGCCGGCGAGAUCUGCGUGGGUCAGAACACAUCCGAGCCCAGCAGCCCGGCCUCGUCGUCGUCCCCCUACGCGCCCGUGCCCGUGACCCUCCCCCCACCAAACGGCGGCCGAUCCAACCAGCGCCCGCCCCAGCACAACCAGUACCACCAGUUCUCCUGUCCCCUGCAGCUGGAGGUGCCGUCCUACCUGGGCUACCGCUUCAUGGGGGUCAAAGACUGCGGGGCCCCGUGUGAGCCCACGAAACCCACCGGGAUCAUGUAUUUCAGAGAGGACGAGGUGAAGUUCGGCCGGUUGUGGGUUGGAAUCUGGUCCAUCCUGUGCUGCGUGAGCACGCUGUUCACGGUUCUGACCUACUUGGUGGACAUGCGGCGGUUCCGGUACCCCGAGAGGCCGAUCAUCUUCUUGUCCGGGUGUUACUUCAUGGUCGCGGUGGCCUACGCUGCGGGGUUUUUCCUGGAGGAUAAAGUUGUCUGCGUGGAUAAAUUCAAGGACGACGGCUACAGGACUGUGGCGCAGGGCACUAAGAAGGAGGGCUGCACCAUCCUCUUCAUGGUGUUGUACUUCUUCGGCAUGGCCAGCUCCAUCUGGUGGGUGAUCCUGUCCCUGACUUGGUUCCUCUCCGCCGGGAUGAAGUGGGGCCACGAGGCAAUAGAAGCCAACUCCCAGUACUUCCACCUGGCAGCAUGGGCCGUCCCAGCGAUCAAAACCAUCACCAUCCUCGCCAUGGGCCAAGUGGACGGCGACGUGCUGACCGGGGUUUGUUUUGUCGGGAUCUUCAACGUGGACUCUCUGCGGGGCUUUGUGCUGGCUCCUCUUUUCGUCUACCUGUUCAUCGGCACGUCCUUCCUCCUCGCCGGCUUCGUGUCCCUGUUUCGCAUCCGCACCAUCAUGAAGCACGACGGCACCAAGACGGAGAAGCUGGAGAAGCUGAUGGUGCGCAUCGGCGUGUUCAGCGUGCUGUACACGGUGCCGGCCACCAUAGUGAUCGCGUGUUACUUCUACGAGCAGGCCUUCAGGGAGCACUGGGAGCGGACCUGGCACAUGCAGACCUGCAAGCGGUUCGCGGUCCCCUGUCCGGUCCACAACUUCGCCCCCAUGACGCCGGACUUCACCGUGUUCAUGAUCAAAUACCUGAUGACUAUGAUAGUCGGCAUCACGUCGGGAUUUUGGGUCUGGUCCGGGAAAACUCUGCAGUCAUGGCGGAGGUUCUACAAGCGCCUUAGCAACGGUAACCAUGGAGAGACAACCGUCUAAAGUUGAGAUGAUGAAAAAGGUACUAAGCGACGGAGUUUUGGAUAAAACAACCUUGUAAAUGAGGUCUAUAGCUUUCAUUUUAAUAUUAUUUUUGGACACAUUUUUUAAGUUGGAUUUUUAAAAAUGUUUUCCUGGUUGUGACAGCAACUCUAGCUUUGGACUAACAACUACAGUUCAACCUUCUUCUUUUUUGUUCGUCAUUGGACUGCCCGCACUCCUGGCUUUUUUUUUUUCAUUUUUGGGUUAUGAACUGAUGUGAAUGGCCAUACUGGUCUCUGAACUGUAGCCUAAAGCCAGGCUUUUAAUGUUAAUUUGUUACUUUUGAUAUGAAACUGCCUACACAUAAACUUCAAUAUUACAAUUUGAAUGUACUUUAUUCUACUUCUUGUAAGGACUUUUUUGUAGAUGGGGGGUGGGGGAUGAGCAGUGCAGAUGUCACAGCUGAAAAAAAAAAAAAAAGAGGUCAAAGAGUUGAUCCCUAAAUGAGCCAGCUUGACUGUUGAUUGCUUUAUAGGGGACGCCUAGAAUAUUCAUUUAACUUUAAGUGUUUAGCUAAAUACUCAUUCUUCAAUAAUUGUUCCAAUUGCAGUAAACAAUCUCGGCUCUUCUAAUGGGGACUAAUGCAUCACAGUGCAGCUCUUGUGCCAAGUUGAUGCCCAAAAAAUGCCUUUUUUUUAAGGGUUUCAGAAGUUUUCAGACUGUUGAGUAGUUGCUCCUGUGUUAAAUGAUCACUCCAAAGGUUAAUGAAGUUAUGUUUUGGUUUGCACAGCCAUCCUUAAGGUUAUACGUGUGAUAUAGUUUGAUUCACUACAUAGUGACCUGUUUUAAAUAGUGAGACCACACACUCUCUCUCUCUCACAGGCCUAUCUGCAUUGAAGAACAACAGCUCAUUGUUUGUCUCUGUGUGUGGUCUCCAAAAUGUUGGAUCCCUUAUCAAAAAGACUUUCAAGCUUUUAAGACAUCCACUGCGCUGUUUCAAGGAUCCUGAAUAAAUCCAUAUGGGAUGGAAGUGGUUGCACAGGACUUUUGAUGUUCUAUCCUUUAAAGAGAUGACUGCACAUAGUCAAGCCUGUAUUCUACCCUUCAAUUUCACUUCAUGUUCUCUAAGCAGACUCGACAUUUAACGUGUCAUUUGUCCGUUUCUUUAAACAGGAUUUAUGUUUCUGGUUCUAAAAAGUAAAACAUCAGGAAGGAGUUUAAAGGUCAAAACUGAGGGGGUGCUAUUUUUUUACUUGGAGAGUAGUGGACAAACACUAUGCAGUGUAAAGCAGAGGUGGAGUGUUUAUUCUAGGACUGUAUCUCUGAAUUUAAUACAGAACAUUAUAACAAAACAUUUAUCAUAUUUGUAGGUAAAGUUGAACAUCCCCAUUGUCUUUUCAUUUGUUAAGGAGAAUAAUUGUUUAAAAUAAUAGGACAUAUUUUUUUAAUAUUACAAAAUAAGCAAUUUUUUUACCACAAUCUUGUUACAGCAUAACCCCAAAGGUAUAUGUCAGCCUGCUUGUUCUUUAUGGACUGAAACUUGAGUAGUUUUGAUGUAUAACUAUAAAGUAUGCAGUCAUUAAAGUGAGAAAACACUACAUUUAAGAUUUCACAUUUUUUAAUCCAGCGUUGCUUUUUCGUGCACUGGUGUUGUGAAAUGAACCUUUUUAAAAUAGUGGAAGGCAGCUCCUGAUUGGCUUGAGCCUUUUCUGGUGACGUCAACUAUUUUCUCUCCCGACAUCACAUCAUGAUGACAAAUGGAAACGGACUGCAGCAAUGGGGGAAACUUGUAACACGAUGACCUUAUAAACCUGGUAUUCUUGUUAGUUUUGAUCUUGAAGUGGUCAAUAUACUUCUAUUGGAAAAGAACACCACGAUCCGACCCUUAUAGGAAACUCAGCACAAUAUCUGUUCAAGGAAUGUUACAUUUUCCAUGCAAUUGUAUGUACCUCAAACCCUGGUUAUAACUAGUGUGUAGGAUUGUGUUUUGGGAACAGGGGGAACACUUCACUAUCCAGUGAUUCAUCUGUCAUUCAUUGUGUUUAUUCCUAACACCAUUGUGAAAUGGUCUUCCAGGAGCAGAGGAUGACAAAACUACAAUACCAGACUGAUUUGUUUGUCUUGUAAAUUGGUUUCAGAAGGAAUAUGUGUGUGUUAUUGGAACUUAUGCAACCCACCGAGUAAACACAAUUUGUUUUUACAACAUUUUGUAUUUAUAGGUAUUCUCAUUUUUGCCUCUUUUAACCUUUUUUUUUUAAAUGAGAUAAACCUGUUGUAUGUGUACAGUUUUAAUAAAAGCAAUACGGUUUGUAAA